AUGGACCCUUCGUUCAACAUUUUGGAAUUGCCAUGCUUGAACACGUUAACAUUCGGUCACAGGCUUGAUAACUUGCAUGCUCUUCUUGCUCGUUCCGGUCGUCUGACCACAUUGAUCCUCAACAACAUUGACUUAGACGAACCAGCAGACACUACCCAGCUUUUAAAAGCUGUACCCUCCCUUGAAUCACUAUCCACCCUCGAUGCCUAUAUAGAAAAACAUUUCUUCACCUUGUUAGGUAGCACCACUCCUACGGCAUCGGGCGACAGCAAACCGACCUACCUCCCUUGUCUCCAAUACCUUUCUCUAUCAGAUAAAUCCGACCUCGACUGGAAUUCUGUGCUCAAUGUCUUCCCUACCACUCUCCAAGCCCACAAUGCGAACUGCCGCCGAAGACCUCUGAAAUCGCUGACAAUUGAGGUUGACGAGGACGAGGACGAGGACGGGCACUUCAUCGGCGAAGAGGUCCUCAAUCGCCUCCUGGAGUUGACAUCACCCUCAUCGGCGAAGAUGAAGUUGAUAUGA